UCCCCUGCCUCCUCCCCUCUUGCCAGUACAGUACAACUAGUACGCACACACUCACACACACACGGACCCUGCUGCUGCCACUGCAGCUACCAUGGAUAUCAGCUAACAACACACACCCAGGCGCGCGCGCGCGCUCCCACUCGCACCACGCAGGAGUGGCCCCCGGCAUCCCUACCCUCCUUCCCCACCCCCACCCCACUCGCUCACCAGCUCGGCUACUGCUCGCUCAGGCUGCCGCCGCCGCCGCUGCCGCCGCCGCCACCACAGCUCUCCUCUGCUGCGGGGCCACAGCCUUGAGUGUCAUUCAAGGGACAGCACAACCUCACCCAAGCUCUCCUACCUCUGCCCAGCCGUCCCUCUCAUCCUCCCCCUUCAUCAUCCUCACUCCAUCCAAAGAAGAGGGAAAGCACCGAACAGAAGGGGGAGGAAGGCAAAGUCUGCUCUUCUCACCUCUUGACCCCCUUGCUCCUGCAUCCUCAUUCUCUCACCACCAACUCCCCUACCCCAGAGGAACCCCUCAGGAGCUGAGGCGACUCACCCCACUGCCAUGUCCAAAAGCUUGAAAAAGAAAAGCCACUGGACUAGCAAAGUCCAUGAGAGUGUCAUUGGCAGGAACCCGGAGGGCCAGCUGGGCUUUGAACUGAAGGGGGGCGCCGAGAAUGGACAGUUUCCCUACCUGGGGGAGGUGAAGCCCGGCAAGGUGGCCUAUGAGAGCGGCAGCAAGUUGGUGUCGGAGGAGCUGCUGCUGGAAGUGAACGAGACCCCCGUGGCGGGGCUCACCAUCAGGGACGUGCUGGCCGUGAUCAAACACUGCAAGGACCCCCUCCGGCUCAAGUGUGUCAAACAAGGAGGAAUUGUUGAUAAGGAUCUUCGUCACUACCUCAACUUACGAUUUCAGAAGGGUUCUGUGGAUCACGAACUUCAGCAAAUCAUUCGUGACAACCUCUACCUCCGCACAGUGCCGUGCACCACAAGGCCACAUAAGGAGGGUGAGGUCCCUGGAGUGGACUAUAUUUUCAUCACCGUUGAAGAUUUUAUGGAAUUGGAGAAAAGUGGUGCUCUCUUAGAAAGUGGGACUUAUGAAGACAAUUACUACGGCACGCCGAAGCCUCCAGCAGAACCAGCACCAUUAUUAUUAAAUGUGACAGACCAGAUACUUCCGGGAGCCACUCCAAGUGCUGAAGGAAAACGGAAGAGGAAUAAAUCAGUGAGCAACAUGGAGAAAGCAAGUAUAGAGCCUCCUGAGGAGGAAGAGGAAGAGAGGCCUGUGGUCAAUGGAAAUGGAGUAGUAACACCAGAAUCCAGUGAACAUGAAGACAAGAGUGCGGGUCCCUCAGGGGAGACACCCUCCCAGCCUUAUCCUGCACCAGUAUACAGUCAGCCUGAAGAGCUGAAGGAGCAGAUGGAUGAUGCAAAACCAACUAAACCUGAAGAGAAUGAGGAGUCAGACCCAUUGCCUGAUAACUGGGAAAUGGCCUAUACAGAGAAGGGUGAAGUCUACUUCAUAGACCAUAACACAAAGACAACAUCAUGGCUGGAUCCACGACUUGCGAAAAAGGCUAAACCUCCAGAAGAGUGCAAAGAAAAUGAGCUUCCAUAUGGCUGGGAAAAAAUUGAUGAUCCCAUAUAUGGCACUUAUUAUGUUGACCACAUAAAUAGAAGAACACAGUUUGAAAACCCUGUCCUGGAAGCAAAAAGGAAGCUACAGCAGCAUAACAUGCCCCACACAGAACUUGGAACAAAGCCCAUGCAGGCCCCAGGUUUCCGAGUAGACGGCUCCUCAUCGACAUUACCCAGGCCCAAAUCUGCCCGCCCCCGCGCUGUGCUGGAGAGGUCGCGCAGCGUGACUGACUUGUCUUACUGUCUGCGCAACCGCACAGGGAGGCCCUGGCCCUUUGAAAAACCACUCUUCACCCGGGAUGCAUCCCAGUUGAAGGGAACGUUCCUCAGCACCACCCUAAAAAAGAGCAACAUGGGUUUUGGAUUCACCAUCAUUGGUGGAGACGAGCCUGAUGAGUUUCUGCAGGUGAAAAGUGUCAUUCCCGAUGGGCCUGCAGCACAGGAUGGGAAAAUGGAAACAGGUGAUGUCAUUGUCUAUAUUAAUGAAGUUUGUGUCCUUGGACACACUCAUGCAGAUGUAGUCAAACUUUUCCAGUCUGUUCCUAUCGGUCAAAGUGUCAACCUGGUGUUGUGUCGUGGCUACCCUUUGCCCUUUGAUCCUGAAGAUCCUGCUAACAGCAUGGUGCCACCCCUUGCAAUAAUGGAGAGGCCACCUCCAGUGAUGGUCAACGGAAGACAUAACUAUGAAACAUAUUUGGAAUACAUUUCUCGGACCUCACAGUCAGUUCCAGAUAUAACAGAUCGGCCACCUCAUUCUUUGCACUCAAUGCCAGCGGAUGGUCAACUAGAUGGCACGUAUCCACCACCCGUCCAUGAUGACAAUGUGUCUAUGGCUUCAUCUGGGGCCACCCAAGCUGAACUUAUGACCUUAACCAUUGUGAAAGGUGCCCAGGGCUUUGGCUUCACUAUUGCCGAUAGUCCUACAGGACAGCGGGUGAAACAAAUACUUGACAUUCAGGGAUGCCCUGGCCUGUGUGAAGGCGACCUCAUUGUUGAGAUCAACCAGCAGAAUGUACAGAACCUGAGCCAUACAGAAGUAGUGGAUAUACUUAAGGACUGUCCCAUUGGAAGCGAGACUUCUUUGAUUAUCCAUCGAGGAGGUUUCUUUUCUCCAUGGAAAACUCCAAAGCCUAUAAUGGACCGAUGGGAAAAUCAAGGCAGUCCUCAAACGAGUUUAUCUGCUCCGGCCAUACCGCAGAACCUGCCCUUCCCACCCGCCCUUCACAGGACUUCCUUUCCUGACUCAACAGAGGCCUUUGACCCAAGGAAGCCUGACCCAUACGAGCUCUACGAGAAAUCUAGAGCGAUUUAUGAAAGUAGGCAACAAGUGCCACCAAGGACCAGUUUCCGAAUGGAUUCCUCUGGUCCAGAUUAUAAGGAACUGGAUGUUCACCUUCGCAGGAUGGAGUCUGGAUUUGGCUUCAGAAUCCUCGGGGGGGAUGAGCCUGGGCAGCCGAUUUUGAUUGGCGCUGUCAUUGCCAUGGGUUCAGCCGACAGAGACGGCCGCCUACACCCAGGAGACGAGCUGGUCUAUGUCGACGGGAUUCCAGUGGCUGGCAAGACCCACCGCUAUGUCAUCGACCUUAUGCACCAUGCAGCUCGGAACGGGCAGGUCAACCUCACUGUGAGAAGGAAGGUGCUAUGUGGAGGGGAGCCCUGCCCAGAGAACGGGAGGAGUCCAGGCUCCGUAUCAACCCACCACAGCUCUCCACGCAGUGACUACGCAGCCUACACCAACAGCAACCAUGCCGCCCCCAGUGGCAAUGCCUCUCCGCCCGAAGGCUUCGCCUCCCACAGCCUGCAGACCAGUGAUGUGGUCAUUCACCGCAAAGAGAACGAAGGCUUCGGCUUUGUCAUCAUCAGCUCCCUGAACAGACCUGAGUCCGGAUCCACUAUCACUGUGCCCCAUAAAAUCGGCCGCAUCAUCGAUGGGAGUCCUGCAGACCGCUGUGCAAAACUGAAAGUGGGAGACCGGAUCUUAGCAGUGAACGGCCAGUCCAUCAUCAACAUGCCUCAUGCAGACAUUGUGAAGCUCAUCAAGGAUGCUGGUCUUAGUGUCACCCUCCGCAUCAUCCCUCAGGAGGAGCUCAGCAGCCCAGCAUCGGCACCCAGCUCAGAGAAGCAGAGCCCCAUGGCCCAGCAGAGUCCUCUGGCCCAGCCGAGCCCAGCCACUCCCAACAGCCCUGUUGCCCAACCAGCUCCUCCUCAGCCACUUCAGCUGCAAGGACAUGAAAAUAGUUACAGGUCGGAAGUGAAAGCGAGGCAAGAUGUGAAACCAGACAUCCGACAGCCUCCAUUCACAGACUACAGGCAGCCACCGCUGGACUACAGGCAGCCCCCAGGAGGGGACUACCAGCAACCCCCACCCUUGGACUACAGGCAGCCUCCCCUGCUGGACUACAGGCAGCACUCCCCUGACACCAGGCAGUACCCUCUGGCAGACUACAGGCAGCCCCAGGAUUUUGAUUAUUUCACUGUGGACAUGGAGAAGGGCGCCAAAGGGUUUGGAUUCAGCAUUCGUGGAGGAAGGGAAUACAAAAUGGAUUUGUACGUGUUGAGAUUGGCGGAAGAUGGGCCAGCAAUAAGAAACGGAAGGAUGAGGGUAGGAGAUCAAAUCAUUGAAAUCAAUGGGGAAAGCACAAGAGACAUGACACACGCCAGAGCAAUAGAGCUCAUCAAGUCGGGAGGAAGAAGGGUCCGUUUGCUGCUGAAGCGCGGGACGGGGCAGGUCCCGGAGUAUGACGAACCCAACUGCUGGAGUUCUCCCGCUGCCGCCUCCCCAGGUCUGCCGGAAGUAGGCGUCUCCCUCGAAGACGUCCUCUCUCCAUUCUCUCCAUCACAUCCAGCCCCACCCUCCGACCCUUCCCACCAGAUAGGCCCAGACCCAACUUGGGAUAUCAAAAGGGAACACGACGUUAGGAAACCAAAGGAGCUUUCAGCCGGCGGCCAGAAGAAGCAGCGCCUCGGGGAGCAGAGGGAGCGCUCGGCCAGCCCGCAGAGGGCCGCUCGGCCGAGGCUCGAGGAGGCGCCAGGCGGCCAGGGGCGGCCCGAGGCCGGCAGGCCCUCCUCGGAGGGUCUGAUUCACCUUCCAAGCAGUGCAUCAUACAGACCCCAGGGAUGGAAAAGCGUGUGGCUCGUAAGUCCGUACGUGCCUGGAAUAGCUUCAAAUGUGUAUUCAAAGCAUGAGGCCCUCCGCCAGAAACCUGAUAGCUGUUCUUGCACUGGAGGUGGAUUUGCUGUGAAGAAACUAGAGCUUGCAAGAGCCCUGAAGCCAUUUGAAAUUUUCUAUUCUUUCUUGGUCAAACUCAUGGCAAAAUCAAAUGACCUAAUUGCUGAAGAACUUGGACUUAACCAAGAUUCUUUUUCAGACAACCACAGUGCCAGACAGGAUGCCUGUAAAAUCACAAGAGUGCUUUCUGAGGCUAAGAAUAGUAAGGGUCCUAAGUCUAAUGAUGAGUUCUGCAUUGUGUCUAGUUCAUUUGGGGCACCAAUUAAAUGUGAUGGCCAGUUCCCCAUUGCCACCUGCCCAGUGCAAGGACCCUUUGAAUUAGAGAAGCAGGAUGAGCCUGUCAUCUGCCCCGCCUUUCACUCUGGUACAUUACCUAGGGGUGUAGAAACAAAGAGACAAUUGGAGAAAGCAGCCCUCCUGAAGAAGAAUCGAGAGAUCAAAGUAGAGAGCCUCGGAAUCCCUGGAUUCUUGCUUCUUGAUCUGGAUUAG